AUGACUACUUCUUCCAACACUGACCAGCGCCUGGAGCAUCUCCUGAGCGCCGUGGAGAGCGAGUUCCAGAAGGGCAGCGAGAAGGGAGACGCCUCGGAGAGGGAUAUUAAACUCACCCUGGAUGAUGCAGACUUAUGGACCAAGUUCAAAGAGUUGACCAACGAGAUGAUUGUCACUAAAACUGGAAGGAGGAUGUUCCCGGUGCUCAGAGCCAGUGUCAGCGGCCUGGACCCCAACGCCAUGUACUCGGUGCUGCUGGAUUUCGUGGCCGCGGACAACAACCGGUGGAAAUACGUGAACGGGGAGUGGGUUCCCGGCGGAAAACCGGAGCCCCAGAGCCCGAGCUGCGUGUACAUCCACCCGGACUCUCCAAACUUCGGAGCGCACUGGAUGAAAGCUCCAGUGUCCUUCAGCAAAGUGAAACUCUCCAACAAACUGAACGGCGGAGGACAGAUCAUGCUGAAUUCUCUGCACAAAUACGAGCCGAGGAUCCACAUCGUGAAGGUUGGAGGCGUCCAGAAGAUGAUCAGCAGUCAGUCUUUCCCCGAAACUCAGUUCAUCGCAGUCACUGCUUACCAGAAUGAAGAGAUUACAGCUCUGAAGAUAAAGCACAACCCCUUCGCCAAAGCCUUCUUGGACGCCAAAGAAAGGAGUGACCACAAAGACAUCUCUGAUCACACUGCAGACAUCCAACAGUCCGGAUACUCUCCGCUCGGAGGCUGGUUCCUCCCCGGUCAGAGCCCCCUCUGCCCCAGCAGCAGCCCGCCUCAGUUCAGCGGCUCCGCGGGUCAUUCCUCCGGAUCGUAUUGUGAACGUUACUCAAGCCUCAGGAGCCACAGAGCGGCUCCGUACCCGACGCACUACCCCCACCGCACCCCCACCUCAA